CCUCCGCCUCCCCCUUCCCUCUCUCGCUCUUUUCGGUUUCCUCGCUUCUCGUUACGCUGAAAACUACUUGGUCUCUCUUCUGGUCUCCUCGACGUAUCUCCGUCUCGCUCCUCGCGGGCACAGCCGCGCGUUGCCGAGCAGAAAAACCGGGACCCCUCUCGUUCCUACUAUGUGAAAACCAAGCCGGGUCCGCGUCUCGUCCGUGCUAUUUUAGGCGGGACAAGACGUCCGUCUGCAUUGUUCGCCGACUAUAUAAGGUCUACACGGCGCGGUGGAGCGGACAGAGACUCGUUCGACUGCCGAAUAGAUGCGCGCAGCCAUGAGAACCCUCAUCGUCGUCCUGUCGUGCCUCGCGUGGGCGACGCUGGCUUCCGCCGCGUACGCGCCUUAUCAGGAGCACGGGGUGCAAGGAUACUAUCACGGGCCGCUGGCUCCAUUGGCCCACGACGGUCGAGUGGUCGACACGCCGGAAGUGGCGCACGCGAAGAAGGCUCAUCUGGCGGCGCACGCGGCGGAGGCCGCGAAAAACGCGCAUCACGGUUAUCACGCGGGGUAUCACGCGGACGAUGGCCAGGGCGUUUAUCAUCACGGCGCUCAUCACCACGUUGCUGCGUAUCACGGACCACCGGCACCCCUCGGCCACGACGGACGAGUGGUGGACACGCCGGAAGUGGCUCACGCCAAGGCGGCGCACCUGGCCGCUCACGCUGAGGAGGUCGCCAAGGUCGCUCAUAUCUCUCACCAUUACUCGCACCCCAAGUGGUGAAGCCAGCAUGUAUUGAUGACGUAUCCGAUGUAAUAAUAUUACGCACACACGAGGAAGAACUUAGCCGUGUCGGCGGCGGUGAAGGACGAGGUGGUAGUGCUUAGGAAAAUCUCUCUGUAUAACACUAAUACGCGCGCAAUGUAUCGGCGGAUAAAUCUCCGAUGGUACAUCGUUACACGUUACACUUGACAAUGUAAUAACCAUCGAAGGGGCAAAUAAAACGUACAACGUACACCAUACUCCGUACUCGAGUUGUUCUCCUCACAUAGACGACGCGAGUUUGUCGAGAGAGAAGAUAUCCUCCGGAAUAAAGAGGAUGAAGAUCAGCCGGGAGCGGCUGAUUUAUUUAGGCGCGGGUCGAUCGCAUCGCGGCAAAAUCUAUCGCUUUGAUUUAUCCGUUGUCUCUGCAAUAAUUCGUGCGAAGCGCACAAUCGCGGCGGCAACGAUGCGUUUUGCGCAAGCAAGUCGCGCGCUCGCCCAGAUGAUCGAGCUUCGUGUCAAAGUAUUGGCGACGUUCCAGGAUUAACCGCGCUAGGUGGCGCGAAUUUAACAGAGUCGAUAUCUCACGUAUCGAUCACCGAUCGGCGAUCGAUCCGGUGCUCCGUCAAGCUUGACUACACGCCUGAACUCGCCGCGUCGCUGGUCGGAAUUGCGUUGGUGACAAAUACGCAAUUCCUUUCAGAUCGGCAUACGGAUAGGGCGCGAUCGAUGAACCAAGUCGCCGCUUGCAACACCGUGUCCGUUUUAGUAAUUCAGCAACUAUUGUUAUCGCUACCCUGUGACAUACUAUUGUGAUUGAUCCGACACGUGCGAAUAAAGAAUCGCAUAAACUGCGCCGUUGGUGGGUGUAACUCGUUGCGCGAUCGCGACGUAAAGAUAGUAAACGCACGUGGCACAGUCGUAAAUCGAUCAUGCAUAGGGCGCUCAAAGGCAGUCUUUCCUUAUCCUUCCUUUUCCGUCAAGCAACAUCUUAUUAUUAAAGCGCGUUCUACUCUUAAGGGGACUAGAGGGUCAGAUUAUUGAA